CAAUUAAAUAUUAACAUUUCAAAGUCUUAUUUAAAUUAGAAUAUUUUGAAAAAUUUUGAGAUAUACAAUAUUUUUGUGAAGUUAUAAAAAUUAUUAAAUACAUGUAAAACUAAUAAUUUCAACUUUAUUUUUAUUCUCACUUGUGAAAUAAUAAUAUAAAUUUAACAAGAGAAGGUAUAUGAUACAGUCGGUUGUAUCAGAACAACCUUCUGCUCCACCAAUAGCCGUUCGCAAUCGCCGUUCACCAUCGUCAUCUUUGCCGCUUCUUCGUGCAUGCGCGGCAGACCAGGCGAGAGAGAGGGAAUCGGCCGGAAUUCUUAUUCAAUCCGAGAGUUGUAUUCUUGGAUUAAUUGAGGUUGCCAGUUACUGCCUCAAUUCAGAGGCAUUAAAGUGGGAUGAUGGCUGCUGGUCUAGUUACGGUUCUGCUAAAAAUGUUACUAGGUCUUGGACUACUUUUGUUGAUGACUAGGAUUUUGGAGUUUUUUAUUUUGAGGCUUCAAAGUUGGAUAAUGGCACAAGAUUUUUGCUUCCGGAUGUCUAGAACAUUAAAGUGGGAACAUAAGUCACCAUAGCAGUUUUGAUUUUUGCAUAUUUGCAACCUCGAGAUGCUAUCCCAAAGAUGGCCUGCCUGUUUUCAACAACUUUUGUAUUUGUUAGGAAUAAGAACCCAAUAAGAUAUGUAUUUGAACAUAAGUCAUAAGCAUCAAGAUACAACAACAACAACCCAGUUAAAUCCCACAAGAGUAGGGUCUGGGGAGGGUGUGUGUACGCAGACCUUGCCCCUACUCGAAAGUAGAGAGGCUGUUUCCAAAGAGACCCCCGGCUCAACGUCAAAAGUUGCAUUGCUUGACUAACUGCUACUUCAUUAAUUAAAGAAGCGCAGACAGUUUAGAGAUCCAUUUUGAUUUAUUCCAUCACACCCCAAAUACUCAGGAUAUUAAAUAAUUAUUAAUGUUUUUC